AUGCCGCCGGUAAGCUUGCGCAAAGAGCUGCGUACAUUUGUCGGGCAGGUUUUGCGUGAGGGAGGGGAGGAUCCUUCCCUGGCAAUAGGUGGACGAAAGGGAAAGGGAAAGGGAAAGGGAAAAGGCAAGGGAAAGGGCAAGAGCAAGGGCAAGGACAAGGGCAAGCGAGGGAUCAAGGGGAAGGACAAGGGAAAAGGCGGAAAAGGCAAGGGCAGCAAGGGAGGGGAUGGCAGCCAGAUCCAACGAGUGAGGGAUGGCUCAUCAAGAGCUCCGAGACGAGUGCUCCGCAAGCAGAAACGUGAUGAGAAGAAGGCCAGACGCGAGCAUUUCUUUGGACAUGGCAAGAAUGAGGAGAAUGAGCACGGCCAAGCGAAGGCUGCUGGCAAGGCUAGAGCCUCUCCAAAGAGUACGCUUACAAAGAAGAGAAAGCGUAGAGAUGACGAUGAAGAAAUCACAUCUGAGGAAGAGGGUGAUAAAAAGGGCAAAGAUCCCAAGGAAGAGGAUGAGGAUGAGGAAGCUGCAGAAGGCUCUAAUGAAAGCUUGGAAGAUGCUGAGUCGGAGGAACCCAAAGCCAGCGAUGCGGAAGAUGAGGGUGAAGCCAAUUUGCAGAGUAACUCUCAGUCCUACCUGCCACCUCAUUUGCGAGGACGAGGCGGCGAUAAUGUUCAAUCUUUUCAGCGAACCCUGCGUGGCACUUUGAACCGGGUUUCUGAAGGAAACCUUGAUCCUAGUUGCCAAGAAAUCGUCAAGGUUUUGAGCCAGAUGAUUCCAGAAACGGGUACUGCCAAAGCAGCAGAUGCCUUUACCAGUGCGCUCCUGUCAGCAGCCGUCGAAGAUCCGAAUAUUUCCGUACUAGUCUUGGGCUGCUUUGCCGCUUUGGUUGGGGCAUGCCAUGUGACCUUUGGCUCCUCAUUUGGCGCGGCGGCUUUAUUGAAGUGUCUUGACAUUUUGCAAAUUCGGAUGGGGAUGUCUGCAGAUCAUGACCCCGACGAAGCCACCAACACAGAUGCAAGAAUUGCCAAGAACUGCAUCAUCUUCACCAUGCUAUUAUUCAGUUUUGGGAUUCUGCCUGGAAGCGUGGUUUUUGAUGUGGUGCGAUAUGUGCUGAAGCGGCCGAUCACGGAAGUCUCGGUGGAGCUCUCUCUGACCUUGUUGCGCUAUGCGGGGCGGCAGCUGCGCUCCGACUGCCCGGAGGACUUCCGCGAGGUGCUGCGCUUCGUCACCUCCGAGGCGGAGGCGUCGAGGUCCGCGGAGGUGGAGGCGGCGUCGAGGUCGGGGAUGCAAAGCCGGCUGGAUUACUUGCUGAAGGAGCUCAAUGACUUAAAGAACAACAAGGUGUCCUUCGCAGUGAUGGACCGCUUCAAUCAAACUCGUGGCUGGCUCCAGUCAGCACCCUUGCUGAAGGGUCGCAAGGUCUCGGAGCACAUCCUGGCGGUGCCCUUCCGCGUGCUUCACGAUGAGGUGCCCAGCAACUGGCCGCUGGGAGUGCAGGCGGGAGAAUCCGCAGUACUGGCAAGGUCCAAGAGCUCUGGGUCAAAUCCGCUACGAGAGGCGGCCAUUGCUCAGCGCCUCACCUCCGAGUUGCGCCAGAAUCUCUUCGUUGCGCUGAUGGGUGCAGAGGAUUUCGAGGAUGCGGUGGAGCGGGUGAUUUUGGCGGCAGGAGCUGCAAAGAAUGGACAUUCAGAAGCCUGUGUUGUGCUGUUCCACUGUGCGAUACGUGAGAAGAAGCCGAAUGCUUUCUAUGCCCACGUUGCACAGAGCCUGUGCAAUCGACCAGCUCCGGUGGGGAAGCGUUUCUCUCACAGCAUGAAGAGAGCGGCAGUGCAACACAUUCAGCAGGCACACACCUACGGGGUUCGGGCUGCUGUUUGUUUGGCGGAACUUUGUGCUGCAUUGAUGAGUUCCUCUGUCGGACUGCCAUUGGCCGUUGUGCGUUUCACCCGUUUUGGUGGUGAUGAAGAGGGCGAUGGGCAAGGCAUGCGAGGCGUGUUGGGCCUUUUUCUCCGACACCUGACCGAAUCCCUACUGCAGCGCGCAGUGGAUUCGCAGAUCGCCCCGCUCUUCAGCCCGCUUCGAAAGUACAACGACGUCCGUGAGGGCAUGCUGCUGGUGCUUGAUGGCCAGGCCCAGAUUUGCAUCCUCUUCAGGCAACGUGAUUACGACCAACUGACAGCCUUCGUCAGCACGGCCAUCACGGAAGCCAUGUCGUCGCGAAGAGGUUGGCCGGAAGCCCAGCAGGCCGACGCGGAGGCAGAGACGCAACGUGCGGAAAGCAAAGAUCAACCACAGCAUGGAGUUGAUGGCUCAGCUGGCGAUCAGCAGUCGACGGGAUUGAAGAAAGAGGAAAGCAUGUUGCCGGCGCAGCUGUGUGCCGCCUUUUUCUGCAGAUUGGCAUGGAUUUCACCUCGAAUGUCCAUGCCGUCGAUGCACUGCCUCCCCAUGUGUCCUCCUCCAGCGCUGGACGCCACGGCGGCCACGGCCACGAGCGCUGAGGCUCUCCAGAGUCACCUCAAGGUCAGGAUUGCGGAGGUGGAGUACGACAAUGGACGGCGAUAUCGGAUUUUGUUCAACGAAGUCCUGGGUGCUGGAGCCCAGGGCACCGUGUACCGAGGGGUUUCAGAGGAUGGGGAGCCUGUCGCGAUCAAGGUGAUCCCAACCUGGCGAUUGGUGCUGGAGCCUGGCUGUGAGGUGGAGAAGCUGGCAGAGAUCGAAGCUGAGCUUCAGACGCUUCGAACCGUCGGCCGGCAUCCCAAUUUGGCUGGAUUGAUUGCGACAGCCAACAUUACACGAAUCGAUCCUUCUGGGAAAGUUCGUCCUCACUACAAGAUGGUUGUGAUGGAGGUGGUCAACGGCAAGGAACUUGCAGAGCAUGUUGCACUGGAUGGUCCAAUGCGCGAGUCAAUAGCCAGAAGCUUGUUCCUCCAGAUUUUGGAUGGCCUUGACCAUAUGCACAAGCGUGGCGUAGUACAUCGUGAUCUCAAGCCUGAGAACUUGAUGGUGACCGGAGACACCGUCAACCUGGACAGUCGGGUCAAGCUCAUUGACUUUGGCGUCGCGAAAUGCCUCCACCACGGCCCGUUGGAGACCGUCGUGGGAACGCCGUCCAUUAUGGCGCCCGAAAUGGCCAAAGCCAAGCUUGGGAGCGCGGAUGCGGUGCAUGCGUCCUUUAGCUGGGGUGGCUCAGGAGAGGCAGUUCUUGCAGAAACCUCGCCUUCGGGGUCUGUGGAUUUUAGUUCCAAGAUUGAUGUUUGGUCCACCGGUGUGUGCUUGUACACCUGCUUGACUGGGAAGCUUCCAUUCAGGACCGAGAUGGAUAUCAUUCGGUCUGAGUAUGACCGGACAGCGCUACAUCACGUGUCAGAAGAAGCUAAAGAUCUUCUUGAAAAAAUGCUGGAGAAGGACGUGUCAAAGCGCUUGUCAAUUGAAGAGUGCUUGGCUCAUCCAUGGGUGCCCUGCUCUGAAACCGACGGCUGCACUAUCGAUUGGGACAACCUUCCGGAGGAUGAAUUUGAGUAUGAUCCACUGGGAUCACUCUAG